CUGACCAUUUCUUUAAAAAACUCGAAUACCAGGUUGGAGGCGAUGUCUUCGAUUAUAUAUCAACAAGUACCCACACUCGGUUUUGCACCGUUUCAUCACAAAAGGGAAAUAGAAAGAGAACAGAUUUUACUAAAUCCAUUUCGAGCUCCCUCAGCACUAACUUUUGUAAAGGCGUUGACCAUCUGGAGACUCUGGCCUAGCAUUGCCUUUCUCACGGUCUGGGCUACCCUGAGUACCAUCGCUAUCCUACAUCACGAUGUAACUUCGCUUCAAUUGCCACCAACCAUCGUAAACGUACUCGGAACUGUGAUUGGUUUCGUAGUAUCUUAUCGAACCUCCAGUGCAUACGAACGAUACAAUGAUGGUCGACAGCAAUGGUCCUCGAUCAUUCUUGGUGGUCGUAACCUUGCUCGUCUCAUUUGGAUUCAUGUUCCUAAUGCACUUAGACCACACGAUCCAAAUUAUCUGCCCACAGAAGAAGAGCGUUUGAGGUCGAUCAUUGAGAAGAAGACUAUUAUCAACUUGAUUGAAGGGUUUGCUGUCAGCUUGAAGCAUCACCUCCGUGGAGAAUAUGGGAUUUACUACGAGGAUUUAUACCAUCUAGCAUGUCUCUUACCCAAGUAUGCUUUUCCGUCUGGCCAUCCCGUCGAGAGACUCGACUUAGGCUUCACUACUGCCCACUGUGCUCAAAAUUCGCCUUCAAUUAAUGGAUAUGCGCUGAAAUUUGAUGUCAAGGUGAAUGAGAAUCGAGGAAGCGAGUCACCCCGAUCGGACUUUACUAUUCUUGAAGUUCGUCAUAAUGAACAAGUUGGCGAAGAAAGAUUACAUAAUUCUGAACAACAAAGACGUCCAAUGAAAUGCAAGGGAGCUGUACCUCUUGAUCCGUUCAAAGCUGAUCGUGACCUCCUACCAGCUCAUAAUCCACCUCAUGAGCGAUGGGUUGAGCGAUUUCCAUUCUUGGCCAUCCCCCGAGCCCUCUGGAAGGGCACACGGAAUGUUGCCGGCCUGCGUCGCCGGAGAGGAAUUAAUUCUAGAGUGAUACAUGAAGAUAACAUUCCACUUGAGAUCAUUUGGCAUAUCGAUAGCUAUGUUGCUCAACUUCACCGUCGCCAGGUUCUCGAUCCCUCUGCAGCGAAUGCACUCAUAACUGGUGUCCAACCUCUAACAGAUGCAUUGACUAAUUUAGAAAGAAUUCUAACCACUCCAAUCCCAUUUGGUUAUAUUGUACAUUUGAAAUUAGUCACUUGGGGUUAUCUUUUAUUAUUACCACUUCAACUAGUAACUUCUUUUGGAUUUAUUACCAUCCCUGCUACCGCUCUUGUUGGAAUUGCUUUUCUUGGUUUUUUGAGAGUUGGUGACGAAAUCGAGAAUCCAUUUGGAUAUGAUUUGAAUGAUUUGGAUAUGGAUCAUUUUUGUCAUCAUCUGAUUGCUCCUGAGCUUGCAAAAAUCACGGCUCGGGCACCACCAGAUCCGUCCGAAUUUAUCUUUUCUACUUCUAAUAUUCCAUUACUCGAUACACGUGAUUAUAGAUCAGGUUAUGGAUUUUUGAAAUCAGGUUUAUCUGCUGAAGAUGUUCAAGAUUUAUUACGUAAUCAUCAAUCUAGAGGUGAAAGUACUGCUUCAACAUCUAUUAGUCAUGUUUGAAGAAGAUUUUGACUUGAUCUUUUAUUUUUGUAACAUAAUGGAGAGGCUUUUUUUCUUUCAUCAAGUUUGUAUCACUUUUCUACUAUAUCAACAUAUUUAUUUAUAAUUGGGAUCACAAAGUGAUCACUUAGGCGCAGGACAAGUAUAGAUGUGGUUUACUUAGAUGCGCAUUGUAUAUAUGUUUCUCUUAUUUCAUGAUCCUGACACGACAUCUCUUCCUCCCUAUCAAACUCAAAUCUUUUGUUGUGCUAUAAUCGCUUUUCAUAUAUUGUGCUUCUUUUGUUCAUCCAGGAGUCUACCUUCAUCAGAUUAUUGUCUGCUCUGAUUCAUUACCAGGUAUUACUUAUUGUUCUUGUUGUUUUAUUUCUCUCUUGUAAUCAAACUCAAAUCUUUUGUUAUGCUACAAU